AUGCCACACCACAUGGCAAAUCCGAAUGAUGAUGCUAUCCUUGCUGAUAAGGACGCUUUAGGCUCGGCGCUUUAUUCACAAACAAGAGCAAGUUCAAGCUCAGAUUCGAGUCAUGAAUCUUCGAAUCUCGAUCAUGGCCAGCGUCCACAGCGCACGGUCGAGAGAAUAGAAGAGGGUGCCGGUCUCGAAAGCAAUAUCCAGCACACGGGUGAGUCGGAUCCAAGCUCCGCCCAACGUGUAUUAGAUACUGUUGACGAAACGGCCAGUCUCGAUUGCGAGGAUGAUUGGCUGGCUGAGUAUGAGUCGAUGGUCGCUCAGACUGCUGAACAGACUAUGGACGAAGUCGAUGAGACGGCUGAAGGCCCAGGAGAGCUUUCCACACCUGAGACGGACUCAGCGGAAGCAGACACCUCCUCAGAUCCAGACACGGAGGCUGAAAAUUUCAUAGAUCAAGGUAUCGUUAAUCCCCGAAAACUAAAAGUCUGCGCUAUGAGGAUUAGUGACGCAACAGAUCAGUGGACAGGUUUAGCCGGCAGCCCAUACGGAAACCCUCUCGAUUACACUAUGAAGUGUCGCCCUUUUGUUGGUCCAGCCGGCAGCGGGAGCAUUCGCUUCGCUUUUAGGGUCAACAAGAACAAGAGGAACAAGAGAGUCACUACCGCAGCGGGCAGUUUCGAAGUCUUCGCGGCCCAAUUCCAUAUCGGUGCUCUUUCCAAAGAGGGGCAACACAUCUACGACUUCGAUGGUGUCCCUUUUGAUGAGAUCCCUGAAGACGACCCUCGCUGGCACUCGAAGAUCGCUGACCCUGACACAGAGAAAGGCGAAGCCAACCGAGAGUACGUGAUGGCCUUCGAAUUCAAAAGCGAUGGCUGUGAAAUGACAAUGGGGGACAAGAGAUGCUGGUCGCACCUUCCGAAUGAGGUGCAAGAUCUCCUCAACACACUGUUUAGACCGGCGGUCCAUGGCUCUUUAGCCGUGAGAUUCUAUAUGGAAGCACGGCCUAACCCACACGAGGCAGAAGACCGUUGGAUCAAGUUCAUGCGUCGCAACGUCAAGGCUCAGACCAAGAGGUCGCAAAAUGAAACGGCUAAAGAUUGGUGGGAAGAUGGUGCAUAA